UAACUUUUUGUUUUUAUUUCUUCUCCACUUUUAUGCAACAUUAGCAGAAACCCUCAACUCUUAAACCCUGGUGGCGCAAGCGGCAAACCUGAUUCCACCGCCGUCAACAAUGGGUUUCUUCGACCUAAACAUACCUUACCCUUCACCCACCACAAAACCUUCUAAAUCCACCAUCGAAAACAACCGAACGCGCCUCGCCGUUAAAGCAAUGGAAUUAGGUUACACAGGAAUCGCUUACAACCGCACGAUGAAAGGCUUAAUGUCCGAUAACCAUCGUUGCUCAAUCUCCCCACUUUCUCUCUCUUCUCUCCUCAAUGUCGUUCCGUUUCUUGCGUCGUCGGCAAAGCUUCAUCGGGAGCUUCUUGGAGUUUCGGCUUCUACUCCGUUUCGGCAGUACACGCGGAUUACUGUUUGUGUUGAGAAUACGUUGCAGGCGAAUGCGUUGAAUGCGGGGAAUCCGAUUUUGAAGACUUAUGAUUUGGUUGCUGUUAUGCCGCUGAAUCAGAAUGCGUUCGAUGUUGCUUGUGAGAGAAUGGCGGUAGAUAUCAUUUCAAUUGAUUUUUCAGCUAAGUUGCCAUUUAGGUUGAAGCAAUCUAUGGUUAAAAUGGCUACCCAGCGUGGCGUUGUUUUUGAAGUUUCAUACUCUGGUCUUAUUGCUGAUGUCCAAUUAAGGAGACAGUUAAUUUCCAAUGCCAAGCUGUUGAUUGACUGGACUCGUGGACGAGACAUUGUAUUUUCAAGUGCUGCUCCUUCGGUGAAUGAACUUAGAGGGCCGUGUGAUGUUGGAAACUUGUUGUUAUUAUUUGGGCUCUCCAAGGAGGAAGCUAAAUCAGCUAUUUCUAAAAACUGUAGGGUUCUUUUAGCCAAUGCUCUAAGGAGAAAGCGAUUUCAUAAAGAGGCAAUAAGAGUAGAAGUUUUAUCAUCAGAUGUAGCAUCUCAUUCUCAAGAGUUGCUAAAGUGGGACCCUCUCUCCAGUGGUGAAGGUGAUAUCCUGUUGGAUGACAUGGAAAAUUCUGGUUCAGCCUCCUGUAAAGCAUCGAAGGCUGCAAAAGCCAUUGACUUUGUUAAAAUACUAGACAACCUUCCAUCUGAAGGUUAUAAAGUCCAGGAUUUCUUACCUGGAAAUGACGCUGUCUCUAUCUUCUCAAUUAAUAAGGUAAACUUCAUGCCUGUUGCCGAAAAUGUAAAUCAGUCGACACCUGCACCGGAUAACUUAACUGAGCAGCCCAAUAGGGCUAAUGUUUGUCCAAAGCAAGACGAAAGCUCAUCAUUGGAUGGUAUAACAAAACAUCACAUUGUGAGAUGUGGCAAUUUUUCUGAGAAAAACGUACACAACGGAACUGCUGAAGCUUUUCAUUCUAAAGAGAUAGACACUGAGACAAAUGGUGCAAAGUUGGAACUGAAGAAUUCUAUUGAUUCAGAUGUCCGGAUGGACGACGUAGAAAAAUCAUUUACAGCCUCUUGUGAAGCAUCAAAAAUUGCGAAAGCCACGGUUGACACCUAUAUUAAUGGAAACUUACUUCCUGUUUCUGAAAAAGCAAAUCAGUCAACACCUGAACCAAACAACUUAACCAAGCAGUCUGACAGGCUCCGCGUUUCUCUUGCGGAAGAUGAAAGGUCAUUAUUGUCUGACACUGUAGCAACAGAUGAUGUUGUGAGCCGUGACGAUCUUUUUGAGAAAAAUACACAUAAUGGAACUAUUCAAUCUUUCAAUUCGAAGGUCGAGAUUGACACUCAGACAAAUGCCCCAAAGUUAGGACUUCCAAAUUUCAUUGAUUCAGAUGUUGAUUGCACCCAAUUGGAUGCAAAAUCACUUGAUUCACAGUCAGAUUUGUGCAUCUCGAGUAAUGUGUUGGAUACUUUAAAACCACAUGAGAACGAAAAACCGCUCAAAUCUUCAGUUGAUCCUCACAAUAUUAAUGAGAAAGUAGAAAUUUCUUCACCAUCCAUAGGUGUCAUUUUUCCGGCUACAGAACAUGCAAAGCACAAUGAGAAUAACUCUGAUGUCAAUUUAAAUGCACAUUUUUCAACGAUGCAAGAAAAUUUGCCAAAGGAAGAUUUUAAAAUUGCUGAGCAUACAGUUGUGGAUAUGAACUCAUCUACUUCUGUAACAUCGGUGGGGGAUGGACAAUUUAACAAACCGGAAACUGAUGCAGUUGAAGUUGAUGAGUUGCCUGACCAAACACCUUUUGAUGAAAUGAAUACGGAAGAUGAUUCUACAGCUGCAAUACAUUCAUUUCCAGAAGUUAUGGUGGAAGAUAAAAAGUUAGUUGAAGUGAGCACUGAUUCUGAUCAAUUAGCCUCUGUUCAGUCUGACUCAGGUCGAUUGCGAGUUAAGCGAAGGACACCAGUUUUAUUUCCAUUGAAGCGGUUGUUGCAUAUGGUGCCUUUUAAGAAGAAAGGUAAAAAAGUCAAGAGAACUAAUCCAAAGUAAUUAGUUUUUAUUCCGGGCUAUUAUUGUUACUUGCAUAGUCGUGAGCUGAUUCUCUAUAUUGUUUAUCGAUUUUUUAUACUGAUUUCUUCAACCCUGAAAGCUCGAUGAAUAGAGAUUUGGGUUAUUUAGUCCAAACUUAGGGAAACACACAAACACUUGGAUGGUGGCAGCAGAAUAGUGGGAUGACUGCUACAUCAAAUAUUUUGAUAUAUGUUGAAUAAUUUAUUUUUAUUUAUAUUACAAUUUCAAUUUUUGUGAUCUAAAGUGUAUCUUAUGAAAAAGUAAAGGAAAUGAUGACUUAUGAUGA